AGCAUGCCAAGCGGGGCCAGGCGGACUCUGCGGCCUUAAAGGGCCAGCGCAGGCGGAAGCGGAUCCCAAGCUCAGCCAGGAGGCCCAGUGGGAAAGAAGGAUGGCGGCCGAAGGGGUCGACUGGACGGUGGUGGCCCUCACCUGCCAGCACAAGGACAGCGCCUCCGCCUUCCAGAAAGAGCUGGAGGUGCGCCGCGCCAGAGGCUUCCUGGGCCAGAACCCCAUUCUGCUGACCGUUGAAGACCCCAAAGUCCAGGUGGGCAGCGGAGGGGCCACACUCAACGCCCUGCUGGUGGCGGCCGAGCACCUGAGCGCACGGGCCGGGCACACGGUGGUCACCUCUGACGUCUUGCAGAAUGCCUGGAUCCUCAUCCUGCACAUGGGCCGGGACUUUUCCUUGGACGACUGCAGCCGCGCCUUUACCUGCCUGCCUUUGGAGGACCCUUCUGCCCCGGUGGAGGCCCUCACCUGCAACCUGGACAACCUCCUGGCCACCUUGACCCGACAGGUGUGCAGGGGCUCCCCGCCCGGCGUGUGGGUGUGCAGCACGGACAUGCUCCUGGCGGUGCCUUCUGUGCCCAAGAUCGACUGGCACGGCUUCACGGGCGCCAGGGUAAUCGCGGUGCCCGGCAGCGUCUCCUACGCCAAGCAGCACGGGGUCUACCUGGCGGACGGGCAGGGGUUUGUGCAAGACAUCCUCUACCAAGGCUCCGAAGACCAGAUCCAGCAGUGCGCGGGCUCCGAUGGGAAGGUCCCGCUGGUGUGCGGCAUCGUCUUCUUCUCCUCCUCCGAAGCAGCAGAGCAGCUCCUGGCCACCCACGUCAUCCCCCCGCUCAACGCCUGCACCUACCUGGGCCUGGACUCGGGCGCCCCCCCAAUCCAGCUCUCUCUCUUCUUCGACAUCCUUCUCUCCAUGGCCUGCAAAGUGAGCGAGGAGGCCUUCGUGAACGGCCUUGGCCCUCAGACCGGCAGUGGCAGCGGAGACGACACUCAGAGUGAGGUGGCCCUCCGGAACGCCCGAGCUGUGCUUUGGAAGUCCUUGCACACCAUACCCCUGACCAUGGUUUACAUCCCGGACGGCAGCUACGACUACAUGACCGCCUCUGCCAGCGACCACAUCCGCCACCUCACGACUUCCGUGGGGAACGCCCACGGCGGCUCCUUCUGCAAAGUGGCCCAUUCCCACGUGGAGGAACCUGAGCUUCUGGAGGAGGGCUGCUCCGUCACCAACAGCCUCUUGGAGGGAGCGGUGGCCGUGGGGCCCGGGACGGCCAUCCAGCACUGCUGCUUGAAGGGCCCCUUGCAGAUCCGCUCCGGCUGCCUCCUGACCGGGCUGGACGAGGGCUCCUCGGAGGCCCUGCGGGACCACCGCCUGGAGGACGUGGUCAUCCAAGGCCACGCUGUCCGGCUGAAGGGCCUCUCCUGCAAGGUCUUCACCCUGAGCGGCCGCCACGACCAGUGGGAGAGCCCGGCGGAGGAAGGCGGCACCUACCUGAACGCCCCAUGGGCCGACUUGUUCCUCAGAACUGGAAUCAGGAGAGAAGACCUCUGGAGCGGCCAAGUCGUCUUGCCUGGUGGCUGCUGCCUGCUGAACGCCCGGCUCUUCCCGGUGCUGCACGCCUCGGAGUCCCUCUCGCUGGGGGACCUGCUGUGGCUGAUGGGGGGCCCGGGGCCCGGGCGGAGGCUGCAGCGCUGGAGGGGGGCCUGGCGCCUCUCCUGGGAGGAGCUGCGCACCAGCCUGGACCAGCAGGCCCAGCUGACCACACGGACCGGCCUCUUCUUCCGCCAGGCGCAGCACAAGGUCCGCAAGGCCCUGCAGGAGGGCGGAGGGGUCAGCCUCCGGCCACUCCUGCGCUCGGCCACCCUGGAGGGACACCACCAGGACAUGCUGGGCGCCCUGGACGACGUGGCCUCUUGCGCCGAAGACCCCCGCGUGUGUGCGCGUGCCCUGUCCUGCGUGGCUGACCUCCUGUCCUGCCUGGCCAAGGGUGAGGGGGGCCUGCGCAGCGGUCCGGCCGCCAACCCCGCCUGGGCCCCCGCCUUCCGGCUCCUCGAACAGGGACACGUCUCGGAGGGAGUCCGGGCCCUGGCCGCAGAGAGGAAGAACUGGCUGCACAGGCCGGUGCUUCUGGUCCGUGCCGCCCGGCACUACGAGGGCGCGUCGCAGAUCCUGAUCCGCCAGGCCGUGAUGUCCUCCUGCCGGUUUGUGCGCCUCUUCCCGGUGGCGCUUCCCCCCUUGGGCUGCUGGGUGAUGGCAGAGUGCCCUGCGCGCAUCGACCUCUCCGGUGGAUGGAGUGACACCCCGCCAAUCUCCUACGAGCACGGAGGGGCCGUGGUGUGCGCGGCGGUGCUGGUGGACGGGCAGAGGCCCAUUGGGGCCAAGGCACGGCGCUGCGUGGAAGCGGAGCUGCGCAUGAUAAGCGCCAGCGGGAGCCUGGAGGGGGAGCUGGUGCUCGACCUGGUCUGCCGGGAGCUGGAGGACCUGCGCGACUACUGCCAGCCCCAGGCCCCCGGAGCCCUGCUGAAGGCGGCCUUUGUCUGCGCGCAGGUGGUGGACCUCGACUCCCUGAAGCCCUUGUCGGAGCAGCUGGUGGAGCGCUUUGGGGGAGGCUUCGAGCUCCACACCUGGUCCUGCCUGCCCCACGGAUCCGGCAUGGGCACCAGCAGCAUCCUGGCGGGCGCCGUGAUGGCGGCCUUGUACCGGGUGUCCGGGCGCUCGGCCUCCGUCCACUCCCUGGUCCACGCCGUCCUGCACCUGGAGCAGGUCCUCACCACAGGCGGCGGGUGGCAGGACCAGGUGGGCGGCCUGUUUCCGGGACUGAAGACGGGGCGCUCGGAAGCCCGGCUGCCGCUGAAGGUGGAGGUGGAGCCCAUCCGGGCCCCCGAGGGCUUUGCGCGGACCCUGAGCGACCACCUCCUCCUCCUCUACACCGGGAAGACCCGCCUCGCCCGCAACCUGCUCCAGGACGUCCUCAGGAACUGGUACGCCCGGCUGCCCAGCAUCGUCCAGAACGCCCGCGCCUUGGUGGACAACGCAGAGGAGUGCGCCCGGGCCCUGAAGCAAGGCGACCUCCCUCUCCUGGGCGAGUGCCUCAACCGCUAUUGGGCGCAGAAGAAGCGGAUGGCUCCGGGGUGCGAGCCCCUGGCCGUGCGGCGCAUGAUGGAGCUGCUGGAGCCGCUGGUCCUGGGCCAGAGCCUGACCGGGGCCGGAGGAGGGGGCUUCCUCUGCGCCUUGACGCGCGAGCCCCGCCAGCACGAGCACCUGGCCAAAGUCCUGGCAAAGGCCGAGGGCUUGGCCAACGUCAGCAUCCACAGGGUGGAGGUGGACACGGGCGGCAUCCAGGUGCGCCUUCAGGGCGAGGAUGGUGUUGUCCGGCCAAUGGAAUGGCCACUUGCUCAGGAUGGCCAGGCGUUGGCGCUCUCCCCAGAGUGACCACAGCAGAGGACAGAAGGGGAAGCGGAGCACCACGGCGGUCGGCGAUGACCCUUCACAAUGGACCACAAGCGAGGGAGAUGCA